AUGACCAACGACGGUGACGAUGAUGAGCCGUGGCAACGGCCAACAAUGACAACAGUGAUGAUGAUGAUGACAGUGCCAGAUGAUGAAGAUGAUGACACCAAUGAUGAUGACAAUGACGGUGAAGACGAUACCAAUGAUGAUGACACUGAUGACGAUGACACCAAUGACGUUGACAAUGACACCAAUGACGAUGAUGACACCAAUGAUGGUGACAAUGACACCGAUGACGAUGAUGAUGACAAUGAUGUUGACAAUGACACCAAUGAUGACAAUGACACUGAUGAUGAUGACAAUGACGAUGAAGAAGACGACACCGAUGAUGACAAUGACGAUGACACCGAUGACGACAAUGAUGACAAUGACACUGAUGAUGACAAUGACACCGAUGACGAUGAUGACACCGAUGAUGUUGACAAUGACACCAAUGAUGACAAUGACACUGAUGAUGAUGACAAUGACGAUGAAGACAAUGACACCGAUGAUGAUGAUGACGAUGACACCGAUGAUGACAAUGAUGACAAUGACACUGAUGAUGAUGACAAUGACGAUGGAGACCAGGAUGACACCAAUGGUGAUGGUGAUGAUGACAAUGACAAUGAAGACAACAAUGACACUGAUGAUGAUGAUGAUGAUGAAGAUGACACCAAUGACGACGAUGAUGACAAUACCAGUGAAGACCAUGACGAUGAUGAUGAAGAUGACACCGACGAUGAUGAAAAUGACACCAAUGAUGGUGACGAUGAAGACGAUGCUGACACCAAUGACGACGAUGAUGACAAUGACGUUUCCCAGGAGCUGAAGGAGAAGAUGCGCGAGCUGCUGCCGCUGCUGCCGGUGCUGGAGCAGUACAAGGCGGACUCGCGGCUCAUCGUGCACCUCAAGGACGAGGUCCGGAAUCUUUCGGGAAUUCUCUUGGAAAUCCAGGAGGAGAUGGGCGCCUACGACUACGAGGAGCUGCAGCGGCGCGUGAAAAAAAUGGAGGUAUGGUACAUGGACGGCUACUACAAGGGCCGCCGCGUGCUGGAGUUCCGCAGCCUGGGCGACUUCGCCUCGGGCCAGAACUUCGUGCAGCACCUGCUGCCGCACCCCUGGGCCGGCACGGGCCACGUCGUCUUCAACGGCUCCUUGUACUACAACAAGUUCCAGAGCAACGUGGCCGUGCGCUACCACUUCCGCUCGCGCAGCGUCCUGGCGCAGCGCAGCCUGCCCGGCGCCGGCUACAACAACACCUUCCCCUACUCGUGGGGCGGCUUCUCGGACAUCGACUUCAUGGCGGACGAGAGCGGCCUCUGGGCGGUCUACGCCACCGAGCGCAACGCCGGCAACAUCGUGCUGAGCCGCGUGGACCCGCGCACGCUGGAGGUGCUGCGCACCUGGGACACCGGCUACCCCAAGCGCAGCGCCGGCGAGGCCUUCGUCAUCUGCGGCGUGCUCUACGUCACCAACUCGCACCUGGCGGGCGCCAAGGUCUACUUCGCCUUCCACACGGACACGGCGAGCUACGAGUACACCGACGUGCCCUUCCACAACCAGUACUCGCACAUCUCCAUGCUGGACUACAACCCCCGCGAGAGGAUGCUCUACACCUGGAACAACGGCCACCAGGUGCUCUACAACGUCACGCUCUUCCACGUGGUGGGCGCCGCCGGCGAGCUCUGA